UUCCCCUCUAUUUUUCUUUUAAUUAAAUGUCUUAUAUAUAAAAAAAAAUAUGAAAACUUGAAAUUCUUUUUGCAAAAUGUAAUACUAUUGAACUUUAUUUAUUGUAUAUUAUUAUUACUAUAUAGUAUACUAGUUGAAACAGAUGUAAUUAUACUGUCUUGUCUCAAUUAAUUAAGGAACCUUUUGCUUUCCAAAAAAGAAAACUGUUUCUCAAUUAGAAUUCCUAAAUUUUUCAGGUGACAAUUAAAUCUCUAUUUAUCAUCACAUCUCUUCUUUACUACUACUCUUAUAAAGAUAAACAAACACAUAGCUUCCCACCACUUGUCAUGGCAUUUUUAAUUCGUGAAUUUAUAAUAAUCGCUUGAAUUUUUUAAUAUUUUAUGUUUUAUUUUGUAAGUGUGUUUAUUUUUAUGUUGUGCGGAGUUGAGUAAUACUCUACUUGAUUUAAACUAGAAUUGGUUUAGUCAAGUUGUAAUUGUUGUAGUGCAAAAAUCUAAAAGAUUACGAAUUUGAAGAUCAUGGAGGUUUAUCAUCGUCCUUAUAGGCUACUUGUUGAUCCACAUCCUGUAGUUCCACCAAUAAGCAAACCGUUACCUCACCAUGGUUACUCAAACGAAGCGAAUUUCGAUACAAACAUGGUGAUUAUACUAGCUGCUCUGCUUUGUGCAUUAAUAUGUGCUCUUGGAUUGAAUUCGAUUGUGAGAUGUGCGUUACGUUGCAGUAGGAGAUUUGCUUUCGAGUCAGAAACUGCGCGAUUAGCUGCAACAGGGCUGAAAAAGAGCACACUCAGGCAACUUCCUCUCUCUGUUUAUGGAUCAGGAGUUAAUAUUCCGGCAACUGAUUGUCCCAUUUGCCUCGGAGAAUUCGUUGAUGGUGAAAAAGUGAGAGUUUUGCCUAAAUGUCACCAUGGAUUUCAUGUCAAGUGUAUAGAUAUUUGGUUGGCUUUACAUUCUUCAUGUCCAACAUGCCGACAAUCGUUGCUGGAACAGAACACAACGGCAGCAGCAGCAGCAGGGGAUGUGGAAACUGGAUUGAGCCAACCAACUCUUCCUCCUCCUGCUCCUGCUAUUGCUACUACUCGUGCUGUUGCUGCUGAGGAGUUGCGUUGUCAGAUGUCAAUGGUAAGAUGGAGGUCUUGUUACUAUGGCCAGCUAGUCAUGUAGAUUAAAUAUCAAACCAUGAUCUUGAACAGCCAGCAACACUGCUACUGCUUGAUUAAUCUGGAUCAGCACUCUGGAAACUGCAAAUUUGUUCAUAGAAAGCCAAAAGUUUGAAUAUUUGUUAUGCUUUUUUUUUUUGGUUUCUCUCUGUUUGAUUUGACAAGGCACAUUCAUAUAUUGAUUGUUAGCCAGAAGGAACAAAAGGAAUCAUUAGCAUGUGCGAAAAGAACAGAAUCUCUCUACACAACUUUUCAUCAUAUAGCUCUUUUCUCCCCUUUUAUAGGUCAAUUUGGUCCACAACAUAUUUAUUUCAAUCUGCAAAGCAAGGUAUCAACUGGACAUUUAGGCAACAUACCCUCUCUGAUACCGCUUAUGACGUUUGAUUGAUCAGCAUUAUCUUCUACUUGAUUAGGUUCAAGUAGAAAAGAUUGCUGGUAAAUACUACCAUAGUGCGCAAAGGAACAAUGUAGAAUGAUGAUUGAGUUGAAAGAAGUCAAUUCUAGAAUUAAGAUUGGAUACCCUUUCCACUUCUUGCUUGCAAUUGCGAUCUGUCACCGUGUUCUUGUCAUCAAUGAACUGAGUAAUGAUCAUAUGAGAUUACACUCAAGUUCAGUACAAACAAAGAAAGGCUAGAAAUUUCCCAUUUGCAUAAAUGUUUGUAGACAGAAUAACAAAUACCUAUGCUAGUGGGAGGUAGUAGGUACAUAAUAUAAUUACCGGAGGCAAAACUAAUGUGGCCUUUAUAUAAAACAAAAGCAAAACAGCAAAGUGCAGUGCUAGGAGACAGCAUGUGUGCUCAUUCAAAGCCAACCCAAGUGCCCAAAGUACCAAAUCUGUACGAAGGCCAUCAAUAUUCAAUAGUGUACCUUUUGGAGCCAUUUCUUGAUAUUCUUCUGAUAAUUGGAAGUAGAGUGCUAAUAAUACUAUGAUACUGCUUUAUUCAAACUCCUUUCCAUGGCUAUGUUCUAUUGGUGCAUUUCAUGGUUAAGGCGGAUAAUUAUACCAAAUAUGGUACUCCACUACUUUAACUUAAUUUGUUUCAGUGUUGGAAUAUUUGCAAAGCUAAGGGGGAUCUCCUUGAACUGACUGCACACUUUUAUAACAAGUGUUUCAAGCAGGGGAAAGGAUUCUUUAGAGGCAUCCCAACUUGAAAUCCAUAAGUUCACUAGUUUCAAGAACUAAAGCUUAUGGAAAGUAAUAUCUCCAAGGCACUAAUCUCUGUUGUGAACAUCACUUAACAGCGACUCCCAUGAUUGGAGAUAGUCCAAGCUUGGUAGUCCUGUAAUGAAAGAUAUCAUGCUUUCUAAACGAGUCCCCAUAAUUUGAAGGCAAGUGUAGCUCGGAUACAAUGGUGGACCACUCAAAGGUAAGUUGUAGUAUUUGAAGCUAGGUGAGACUCUCUAAUAAUUCAAAUAUCGUUCUAAACAUAAUGAAUGUGCUAACGAUAUAUUGCUUCAGGGUUUGUCUAAUUCUGUCAUAUUAUUUGUGUGUCUAUAACAUAUACUAUCAACAUUGUCGUCAACUUGGAUUAAUUUCAGAGACUCUGCCAUUGUCCUCCUGGAGAGCUGAUUAGGGGUUUGACAGGUGAUUUGGGUAUAUCUUAGUUUCCCAUGAUGCUCAAACUCCCCAAAAUAAUUGUUCCACCCAUGUCGGAUCUUCCAAAAAUGAACUAUGUGAAAUCCAACAUUUUUGAAGAGUUGUAAACAAUAUAAAUGGCUUUUGUACAUAUCAUUUCAUAUUAAGCUACAUAAGUCUUUGAGGAUG